AUGCAAGAAGAAAAACGACGAUUGGAAGACGAAAGACGGGAAAUUGAUGAAAUACGAGAAAAAGAAAAACGACGAUUGGAAGACGAAAGACGGGAAAAUGAUGAAAGACGAGAAAAAGAGAAACGACGAUUAGAAGAAGAAAGACGAAAAGACGAUAAAAGACGCGCAAAAGACGAUGAAAGACUUGAAGAAGAAGAAAGAAGAAGACGUGAGAGAAGAAACGACGAGGAUCGACGAAGACGCGAAGGGCGAAAUUAUGACGAAGGACGACAAAUAUGUGAUGAAAGACGUAGAUAUGAACGAAGUAAUGACGAAGAAAGACGAAGAUACGAAGACAGACGAUAUGACGAAGAUAUUCACGUACAAAAAGAAAUUCGAGAAAGAUGUAAAGAACAAAUAUGUAAGGUACAAGCUGAAAACAAAAAGGGGUAUAAUUCAAGAAGAAAACGAGCAAGAAUCUAUAAGGAGAAAGAUUUAGUUGCAAUAAAAAGAACCCAGUUCCGCCCAGGACUUAAACUUAAGAUAAAGAUCUUAGGUCCUUACGAGAUUGUCAAGGUUAAAGAUAACGAUCGUUAUGAUGUUAUAAAGAUUGGUGAGCAUGAGGGACCAGUGCGAACAUCAACGUGUGCUGAAUAUCUUAAACCGUGGGUCGACAAUGAAAGCGACGAAUCCGAGUCGGAUUCUGAAUAGGAUGGCCGAGUGUAGGAUUACAUUCGUUUAAGUUAUUUUAUUUUAUCAUAAACGCUAGCCGAAAGCCAGAAAAGUGGCAUUU